UUUCAGGGUACCCUAGCUCCACUGAAGCCGGUAUUUCUUACCGUCCAUGACCUUGGAUGUAAUCACUAUCAAUACGAAGAUUUCGUCGCAAACCCCAAAAUGACCCCGUUCAUGCAACGGGCCGUAUGGCUUCACAUAGAUCUACCUGGACAAGGCGACGGGGAAGAAGAACUACCUGCCACAAUCAAACAAUUGGUUCUUUUUGGCGAGGGAGCCGGAGCAAAUAUCCUGGCACGUUUUGCAAUCAUGUACGACAACUUGGUCCUUGGCGCAAUUUUAAUUCAUUGUACUGCAGCGUCGGCAUCUUUCGCAGAAGCCAUCAAAGAUAAGCUGAUAAACUGGAAACUGAACUUAUCAGGGAUGAACGCGGCGACUGAAAGUUUUCUUAUUCUGCACCGCUUUGGGCCUAUAAUGGAUACGGAUAGUGAGGUGGAACUUCGAAACGCGGUCGAGAACUUUCGGCAAAACUUGCGUCAUUCAAUCAACCCUAAGAACCUUAAUAGGUUUAUCUCAUCCUAUAUGCAGCGAAAAACUUUGACUGACAACCUAGCUGGACUUAAAUGUCCCGUUUUGUUAAUUACCGGUUCGUUGUCUUCACAACGUCGAGCCUGCCGACAGCUCUUUGAGGACCUUCAGAGAGCGCAAAAGCACGCGGAAGGUCGUUUAACUACACGCGAAUUUUUUGUCAUCGAUGGGGUUGCAAAUGUAAUAGCAGAACGCCCGGACAAAGUGAUAACAAGCAUGCAGUUUUUCCUGCAAGGAAUCGGACUUUUGAGCAAUUUGCAAAUGCAGAAAACGCCACUGCAACUUAAUCGGCGCAUGUCAAUGGAAGAUUACGAUCGGCCUCUGGGCAAGCUACACUUUGUCAACCGUUUGUCACAUCGUUUGUCCGAAGAAACGGAUUCCUAAGGAGGAAAUCGCAAAGCGAGCGACCGUUUGCAUGCACAGCUAUCUGAACUACUGCGACUUCACAGCAUAGCCUUUUUCGCUGUAGAAAAACAAAUGAGCAAGUUUAAAGUUCGUAAAAACAUUUUGAUAUUUUCCAUGAACAGCUUAACGAGUAACUUUACGCGAUUUUAAUCAUUUUUGGUCCGCUGGUUUACUUCUUAUGACCUUAAAGGCCUACAAGUCUCCCCUCCCAAGCUCCUGACAAAACUCCGAAUAACUCAAUUACAGUUGUGCAUUUCGUAACCCUUCGUGUGUCUGCUUGAAUACUCCUCGUCUCCUUCUGUAGACCUCCAUGUAACUGAAGCAUUUCAAGUGACAUUCUAUUUUCAUUCUGUUCACGAUCCAGUACCAGUUGAUCUGGCUGAAAUGUGACCGAUGCGAUGAAGUUGAUUCUUGAUUGUUAACUUAAUUAAAGAAACUGACAAGCGUUCAGCCAGCAUUUUUCUACUGGCUAGAUUAUGUAACGUUUGUCGUUGUCAAUUGUGUGGCUCCAUCUACAAUAAAUAAACAAUUAACAAGGUCUG